GCCUCUGGUCCAGCUCCCCGGCGACGCGGGUCCCGCCGUCCGAUCCGCUCCGCGCGAGCCCCGCUGCGCCAUGAGCCGCUGCGCCGAGGCGGCCGCCGUGGCGGCCACGGUGCCGGGCGUGGGGGGCGCCGGGCCGCGGCCGCAGAUGGUGCCCCGCCAGGCGUCCUUCUUCCCGCCGCCCGUGCCCAACCCCUUCGUGCACCACCCGCGCAUGGGCACCGCCAGGCGCAUCCAGACGUUCUUGCUUGGAAUUGUCCUGCUUCCGGUCCGGGCCUUACUGCUUGGCUUAGUUUUAUUACUGGCAUGGCCAUUUGCUGCGAUUUCAACAAUGUGCAGUCCUGACAAGCUGACCCAUCCAAUAACGGGUUGGAGGAGGAAGGCCACUGAGCCCGUGCUGCGGUUCCUGGGCCGGGCCAUGUUCUUCUCCAUGGGCUUCUCCGUGACCGUGAAGGGGAAGAUCGCCAGCCCCGUGGAGGCCCCGAUUUUCGUGGUGGCCCCUCACUCCACGUUCUUCGACGGGAUUGCCUGCAUCGCCGCCGGGCUACCGUCCAUGGUUUCUCGAAACGAGAAUGUGCAGGUGCCUCUGAUAGGCAGACUGUUACGGGCUCUGCAGCCAGUGUUGGUAUCCCGUGUGGACCCAGAUUCCCGGAAAAACACCAUAAAUGAAAUCAUAAGGCGUGCCACGUCGGGAGGGGAAUGGCCCCAGAUACUAGUUUUCCCAGAAGGUACUUGUACUAAUCGCUCCUGUUUGAUUACUUUUAAACCAGGCGCCUUCAUCCCAGGAGUGCCCGUGCAGCCCAUCCUCCUCCGGUACCCCAACAAGCUGGACACGGUGACGUGGACGUGGCAAGGAUAUACGUUCUUUCAGCUGUGUGUGCUCACCUUCUGCCAGCCCUUCACAAGGGUGGAAGUUGAGUUUAUGCCUGUUCAAACGCCGAGUGACGAAGAAAAAAGAGAUCCUGUCCUUUAUGCUAGUCGCGUCCGGAAUUUGAUGGCAGAGGCUCUGGGCAUCCCCGUCACCGACCACACCUAUGAGGACUGCCGACUGAUGAUCUCGGCCGGGCAGCUCACCCUGCCGAUGGAAGCCGGGCUGGUGGAAUUUACCAAGAUCAGCCGGAAACUGAAACUGGAUUGGGACGGCAUCCGGAAGCACCUGGAUGAGUACGCGGCCAUCGCCAGCUCCUCCAAAGGAGGGAGGAUCGGCAUCGAGGAGUUUGCCGAGUAUCUGAAGCUGCCCGUGUCGGACGUGCUGAGACAGCUGUUCGCGCUCUUCGACAGGAACCACGACGGCAGCAUCGACUUCCGGGAGUACGUGAUCGGCCUGGCCGUGCUGUGCAACCCCGCCAACACCGAGGACAUCAUCCAGGUGGCCUUCAAGCUCUUUGACCUCGAUGAGGACGGCUACAUCUCAGAGGAGGAGUUUUCCACCAUUCUGCAGGCUUCCCUCGGGGUGCCUGACCUCGACGGCUCUGGUCUCUUCAAGGAGAUAGCCCAGGGGGACUCUGUGUCCUAUGAGGAAUUUAAAAGCUUUGCCCUCAAGCACCCGGAAUACGCGAGGAUCUUUACGACGUACCUGGAACUGCAGGCCGGCCACGUGUUCUCCUUACCGGAGCCGGGCACCGCAGCGCCCGCCACGGCCAGCAACAAAGUCAGUCCCGAGAGCCACGCCGAAAGCCCCUCAGAUAAGAAAGAGGACUGAGAGACGCAUGCCCGGCACGGAGGGCAGAGCGGCUGUUCCCUGGGAUCCAGACAGCAUGGAUCAUAAAUAUAAUUUAUUGACUCAUGGUGAUGUAUAAACUGGAAAACUUAGCCCUGGCUGGGUGGCUCCGUUGGUUGACCAUCCUGCCAUGCACCAAAAGGUUUCAGGGCACAUGCCUAUGUUGUGGGUUCAAUCCUGUGUUGGGUGGGGUGUGUGCAGGGGUGAGCAAUCGAUCUAUGUUUCUCAUAUCAAUAUUUUUCUCUCUCUCAAAUCAAUAGAAAUAUAUCCUCGGGUGAGGAUUACAUUUUUAAAAAUUUUAAAUGGAAAUGUUUUUUAUAAAAAAAGGAUAGUUUUUAUUAAGAUGCUUUCAUUCACAUGUAUAGGUCAAGUAACGUAUUUUUUCCUGCCAUAUUGUACUGUACGGACUGGCUUACUGGUGAUAAGCAUGUUUUUGCAGAUUUUCCCAUUGAGUUUGCACAUCCAAAUGAAUGAAGUAUAUUCCCUUCCUGGAGCAUAUUCAUCCACACGGUGAAGAGUUUUCUAAGGAAA